CUCCUGCAUGACGACCACCCGGAUCCACCCCUCCCCCGAGACGACACGGCCUCUGAUUCGCCACCGCAGCGGCGGAGAUUCGUCGGCGGCGGCGGCGGCGCUGCGGUACACGGUGUGGAAGAGGUCCAGCAUGGGCUUCCAGGGCACCGACGGCUUCUCCGUCUACGACGCCGGCGGCGCCCUCGCCUUCCGCGUCGACAACUACUCGCGCCGCCGCAAGAUCUUCGUCGGCGAGCUCCUGCUCAUGGAUGGCCAAGGCUCGCCUCUUCUUGCCCUCAGGCCACAGGCACUGUCCAUGGCCGGUCACGGUCCCAGCUUCUGGGUCGAGGGCUGUUUCAGGAGAAGAAGCUGCAAGAUCCGCAACAGUGAUGGCAAGGAGGUGGCAAGGAUAACGAGGAAGAAGGCUGAAGCCGCAGCGAGUUCUUUGAUGCUUGGUGACGACGUGUUCAGGCUCAUGAUCCAGCCGAAUGUGGAUUGCACGAUGAUCAUGGCUUUCAUCGUUGUUCUGGACCGGAUCUGCUCGAAGCCGUUCACACCCAUGAUGUGCUCCUCAUAG